UGCGCUCGCCGAGCUGGAGUCCUGACAGCGACUUCUUGUUGCUGGAGCCAAUACGAACCGGAUCUCGAUGGCUUCGCUCUGCUUUCUCACAAGCUCCCGCUCUUCCUCCUCACGUAUAAAACGCUCACGCUCUCACCUGGUUGCCGUCUCCUCCAUAUUGAUCUCCGAACACUCCCCGACUCCCACAGCCGCCCCACCGUCGGGCGUCGUCGCUCCAUUAUUCCCAGUUACCACUCAACACGUACUAGUAUCGAUGGGAACGAUGAUGCUUCCGCCUAGCAAUGGCCGCUUCCAUCGCCUCUUCUUCCUUCUCGCGCUCGCCGUCGCUGAUCUCACGGUGGUGCGGGGGCAGUCGACGCCGAACGGCGACAUGCGCUACGCCACCAACUUCAGCCCGUCCAUGGCCAUCGUCAUCGUCGUGCUCAUCGUGGCCUUCUUCUUCCUCGGCUUCUUCUCCAUCUACGUCCGCCACUGCUACGGCGACGGCCCGAGCGGCUCCUCCUCCGCGGGCCCGGCUCCCAACGGCGGCGCCGCGCGCUCGCGGCGCCAGCGCGGGCUCGACGCGGCGGUGCUCGAGACCUUCCCCACCAUGGCGUACGCCGACGUGAAGGCGCACAAGGCCGGCAAGGGCGCGCUCGAGUGCGCGGUGUGCCUCAGCGAGUUCGACGACGACGAGACGCUGCGGCUGCUGCCCAAGUGCUCCCACGUCUUCCACCCGGACUGCAUCGACACCUGGCUCGCCUCGCACGUCACCUGCCCCGUCUGCCGCGCCAACCUCGUCCCGGACCCCAACGCCACCGCCGGCGACGAGCCCGCGGAGCUGCCGGCUCCUGGUCCAGAGCAGGAGUUGCCGUCGCCCACGUCCGCGCCGGCGGUGGUCAUUGACGUGGAGGAGACGGAGGAGCAGAGGAUCAUCAGGGAAGAGGCCGACGAGCUGAUGCGCAUCGGCAGCGUCAAGCGCGCGCUGCGCUUCAAGUCCGGCCGCGCGCCCGCGCCGUUCCCGCGCUCGCACUCGACGGGGCACUCGCUCGCGGCGGCGGCGCCCGGCACCGCCGCCGCCGCCACCGACAGGUUCACGCUGCGGCUGCCCGACCACAUGCUCCGGGACCUCGCCGCGGCGGGGAAGCUGCAGCGCACCAGGAGCCUCGUCGCGUUCCGCGCCAGCCGCGGGGGCAGCACGCGCCGCGGCGCCGGCGUCAGGCCCGGCGAAGGCAGCAGCCGCGGCGGCGCGAGGAGCAUCCGGCUGGGCCAGUCCGGGCGGUGGCCGUCGUUCCUGGCUCGGACGUUCUCCACGUGGGGGUCGCGGUCGACGCGGAGGGGCGCCGAGGCCGACGGGUCCAGCAGGGGCGGCAGGGCGGCCGGCGCCGCCGCCGGCGCAGGCGCAGGCGCGAAGUCAGUGGAAUGCGACGACCAGGCGUGCGCGGCUGGGCAACGUGUUUGACGCGGCUUCCUCUGUCGUGGUCAAUCGGUGGCUGCUAGGAAACUCUCCGUGCUUUCGUCGCCGUCGUGGUGGUAGACACAAUUUUUUGGCACUUGAAUUUUGGACGGAAACAGCUUGGUCGCUCCUUCUAGACGCGUGUUGUAUUCAUUUUUUUUGUACACAAAAAUCUUGUACAGAAAAUGGUAGUACUUAAAAUAUCAUGGAGCGGAGAAAAACCCUCCUGUCCUGUACAAAUGAAAUGAAUUCAUCUUAUUUCAAAUUUAUCCAUA